AUGGUAUCCAAGAUAAGUCAGAACUUUCAUCUGGAAUGUGAGACAUCUCUCCAUUGUGUGAUAAAUGCAUCACUGCAUGCUAGUUAUGUUUAUUUCACCUUGGCCCUUCACUUUGCUCGGCAUGAUGUAGCAUUAAAAAACUUCAACAAGUUCUUCAAAGAAAGGUGUCAGGAGAAGAUGGAACAAACAGAGAAAUUGUUCCUGUACUUGCACAGGAGAGGGGGACACAUCUCUCUAUAUGACAUCAAGAAACCAGAAAUGAGUGAAUGGGCAGGUUCCCUUGAUGCUCUGGUCUCAAGUCUGGAAGUUGAAAAUUUUAUUAAGCAAUCCAUGUUGGAUUUACACCGAGUGGCAAGGCAGAAAUCUGAUCCAAAUCUCUGUAAUUUUUUGUGGCCACUGAUAGAUGACGAAGUGACCAUCAUGAAAUGUCUAGCAGAUCAUAUCACUAACUUAAAGCGCUUGGGAUUGCCAUUUCUUAAGACUGGAGAGUACAUGUUUGAUAAGUACACCCUAGGAGAAAGCUGCAAAGUCCCACACUGA